AUGAUGAUCAAGACUUUCUUGUGGGCUGCAGCCGUGUCUGCCAUGCCUCUUGUCGAACUUUCCGCUCGAGAGCUGUCCUCCAUGGAACAGAACAAGCCCUUGGCCAUUCGAAAGAAUCCACCUCUGGCCCCUCGAGCUAAUCGAAUCAUCCCUGUCGUUGUCGGUGGACCUCAGGAUACUUUUGUUCCUAAUAUGAUUCGAGCGGCGGCUGGUGAUGUGAUUCAGUUCCAGUUCAGCAAUGGAAACCACACCGUUACGCAGAGCGCUGAGGAUUCGCCCUGUCAGCCUCUUCAGGCCACGCAGUCGAAUGUGAUUCAUAGUGGUCAUAUUCCUUUCGAGGAUGGACAGACUACCGUUGGAACGUUCAAUGUUCCUCUUACCAACACGGAGCCUAUCUAUUUGUACUGCGCUACUGGACCUCACUGCCAGCUUGGUCAGGUGAUGGCCAUCAACCCUCCCAGUGAGGCCAACUUGGUCGAGUUUAACAAGAAGGCCAACGGUGCUUUGGCUAAUGUCGAUGCCGGUGAAGCUACUGGUGGAACAGUUGGGGAGAUUCCUCUGGCUGAAGCUGCUUUCACUCCUGCUCCUCCUGAAGAUGCUGCUCCUCCUGCACCACCCGCUGAAAGCCCUCCUGCUGCUGGAAGUCCUCCUGCGGCCCCUGCUCCUCCAGCUGAGACACCUGCUGCCGCUCCCCCAGCUCCCCCGGUUGUCGAGAGCCCGCCUCCUGCUCUUCCUGUAGCCGAGACCCCUCCUCCCGCCCCUCCCGUCGCUGAGGUUCCUGUCAUGCCUCCUGCCGAGAUGCCCGCUGCUCCUGCCGAGAUGCCUGCCGCCCCAGCUGAGAUGCCUGCAGCUCCUGCGGAAAUGCCUGCUGCUGUGCCAGAGGCAGCGUCUAUGGGAGAGCACUACUGA